GCUCGCCGCCGCCCGCCGAAGCGGCGAUGACACGGCGCCCGCGGCGGCCCCGAGGCGCCUGGCGGGCCGUUUGCUGACCGGACCGCGGCCGCCGCCGCCGCCAGCGUGUCCGCCACGCCGCCGCCAGUAUGGGCUGCGCGCCGAGCAUCCGCAUUUCCGAGAGCCGGGCAGCACAUCCCGGCGGCAAGGAGGCUGAGGACGYGCCGGUCCCUGCGGCGCCGCGGCAGCCGUCCGUUCGGCCGCUCCUCCCUCACUACUCGAAGAGGGACGCCCAGCCCAGGCCCCGCGGCGCCGACCGCGCGGAGAACGAGGCUCGCGACGGCACCCGCGCGCAGGGAGCAGUGGCUGAUGUACAAUUUGGCCCCAUGAGAUUUCAUCAAGAUCAACUUCAGGUACUUUUAGUGUUUACCAAAGAAGAUAACCAGUGUAAGGGAUUCUGCAGGGCAUGUGAAAAAGCAGGGUUUAAGUGUACAGUAACCAAGGAGGCACAAGCAGUCCUUGACUGUUUCCUGGACAAACAUCAUGACAUCAUCAUCAUAGACCACAGAAAUCCCCGUCAGCUGGAUGCAGAGGCAUUGUGCAGGUCUAUCAGAUCAUCAAAACUCRCAGAAAACACAGUUAUUGUUGGUGUAGUACGCAGGGUGGACAGAGAAGAGUUGUCUGUAAUGCCCUUAAUUUCUGCUGGCUUUACAAGGAGGUAUAUAGAAAACCCCAGUAUCAUGGCCUGUUACAAUGAACUGCUCCAGCUGGAAUUUGGAGAGGUGCGAUCACAACUGAAACUCAGGGCUUGUAACUCAAUAUUCACUGCAUUAGAGAAAAGUCAAGAAGCAAUUGAAAUUACAAGUGAAGACCACAUUAUACAGUAUGCAAAUCCUGCAUUUGAAACAACAAUGGGCUAUCAAUCAGGUGAAUUAAUAGGGAAGGAGUUAGCAGAAGUGCCUAUAAAUGAAAAAAAAGCUGAAUUGCUUGAUACUAUAAAUUCAUGCAUCAGGAUAGGCAAGGAGUGGCAAGGAACUCACUAUACCAAAAAGAAAAAUGGAGAUAGUAUACAGCAAAAUGUGAAGAUAAUACCUGUCAUUGGACAGGGAGGAAAAAUUAGACACUAUGUGUCCAUUAUCAGAGUAUGCAGUGGCAACAAUAAGGCUGAGAAAAUACCAGAAGGUGUUCAGUCUGACACUCAUACAGAUAAUCAGACAGGCAAACAUAAAGACAGGAGGAAAAGCUCACUCGACAUUAAAUCUGUUGCCUCUCGAAGUGAAGUUAACAACCAGAGACGACACUCCUCCCUGGCCCGGAUACAUUCCAUGACGAUCGAGGCACCCAUCACCAAGGUAAUCAAUAUCAUCAAUGCUGCCCAGGAAAAUAGUCCCAUGCCUGUGACAGAAGCCUUGGACCGUGUGUUAGAAAUUUUGAGAACCACUGAGUUAUAUUCACCACAGUUCGGUGCUAAGGAUGAUGAUCCUCAUGCCAGUGACCUCGUCGGGGGCUUAAUGUCUGAUGGUUUGCGAAGAUUAUCAGGGAAUGAAUAUGUUCUUUCAACAAAAAACCUUCAACAGGUUUCACAUAGUAUAAUCACUCCCAUUUCCCUUCACGAUGUCCCAUCGCGGAUAGCUCGAGGCCUGGAAAAUGUGGAAUACUGGGACUUUGAUAUUUUUGAACUGGAGGCUGCCACCCAUAAUAGACCUUUGAUUUAUCUUGGUCUCAAAAUAUUUGCUCACUUUGGAAUCUGUGAAUUCUUAAACUGCUCGGAGUCAACACUGAAAUCGUGGUUACAAAUUAUUGAAGCAAACUAUCAUUCUUCUAACCCCUACCACAAUUCUACACAUGCUGCUGAUGUUCUUCACGCCACUGCCUAUUUUCUGUACAAACAGAGGAUAAAGGAAAGUUUAGAUCCAGUUGAUGAGGUCGCUGCUCUCAUCGCAGCCACCAUUCAUGAUGUGGAUCACCCUGGGAGGACCAACUCCUUCUUGUGCAAUGCAGGGAGCGAGCUGGCCAUUUUGUACAAUGACACUGCUGUGCUGGAGAGCCAUCACGCAGCCUUGGCCUUCCAGCUGACUAUUAGAGAUGACAAAUGCAAUAUCUUCAAAAAUGUAGAGAGGAAUGACUAUCGGACACUGCGCCAGAAUAUUAUUGACAUGGUCUUAGCCACAGAAAUGACAAAGCACUUUGAACAUGUCAACAAAUUUGUUAAUAGUGUUAACAAGCCCUUGGCAACACUAGAACAAGAUGAGGAAACUGAAAAAGACCAGGAAGCCGUAAACACUAUGCUCAGGGCUCCAGAGAACCGCACUCUGAUCAAACGAAUGCUGAUUAAAUGUGCUGAUGUGUCCAACCCCUGCCGGCCCCUGGAGCACUGCAUUGAGUGGGCUGCACGCAUCUCAGAAGAAUAUUUUUCUCAGACUGAUGAAGAGAAGCAGCAGAACUUGCCUGUGGUAAUGCCGGUUUUUGACAGAAACACCUGCAGCAUCCCCAAAUCCCAGAUCUCUUUUAUAGAUUACUUCAUCACAGACAUGUUUGAUGCUUGGGACGCCUUUGUGGACCUUCCUGACUUAAUGCAGCAUCUUGACAACAACUUUAAAUACUGGAAAGGAUUGGAUGAAAUGAAGCUUCGGAGCCUCCGACCUCCUCCUGAGUAGAACAGGAGGCCUCAUGGGCCCUGAAAUCUUGUGCCUCCAGUCAUUUGCAAUUCCUGAGGGCAGCCAGAGUUCCUUAGGCCUUCAGUAUUAAGCAGAACCAUUCCCUCAUCUGCAAAGCCUGUAAAACACAUGGUGACAUCAGUAACCACCUGCAGCCACCAUCCGAUGCCAUAAUGUGAGCCUUGGCCACUAGCAAGGGCUGCAGGGGCUCUUCAGAAAAGCACUUGAGAACCAGUUUGCAUCAGCCUCCUGUUCACAUGAAGCCUCGGUCAUACCUACAGAGGGGUACUGAUGGAUUUCCUGCCAGUGACAGACUGUCUGGCUGCAAACAGUUGCUCUCAAAUAUGUUCAGCACUUCAGAAUAGCUAGUGGCAAUCGGAUCUUUAGCAACUUUUUUCACAUCAUAGAAGGUGCAAUCACUUACUUUGGAACACUACUGAAAGUGACUUCUCUUUUAAAAUUGAGUAGCAAAUAAACAAAAGAGAAAUUUUGUAGUUGAUUAUUAAUCAAUUAUUAAAAAUGUUUAUUUAUUUUAUUGGAAGUUCAUAUUUUCUAUGAGUUUAAAAACACUUCAAAGCCAAAGCCAACAUCACACGCCAUGACCAAAUUUACACGAUUGGUAUCAUUAUGCAUUACUUGGUGUACAAACAUUUUCAUAAUGCAAAUUAAAAAUGAUACGUUUUUACUUCACUAUAGAAAUAUUUGUGUAUGUUAAACUCCUUUCUGAUUGAUACUAUUAGRAAAAAAAAUGGUUUGGUUUGGACUUAUAGUAGAGAACUAAAGGAGAAGGCGCCUUUCAUCAUAUAGAAUCUAGGCUCUAAACAGGCUGAUUGAUGUGCUUUGCAAGUGACAUCCCAAAGAAAAAUUACACCCUUCUUGAUUUGUAAAGAAAUAUUAGGACUUACAACUUUUUCUUAAAAUUCCAUAAUUGAAUUUCCAAAAGUCUGCUUCAUUUUGUACUGUUUCUAAAAAAUAUUCCCUAUAAAAACAAAAUGCAAACAAACAUGGGAUAUUUAAUGAAUUGACAUUUUAUAACCAACCAGUUUUCAUCUGCAGUGGGGAAUCUUUGAUUCCAGAAAUUUAUAAGGGUUCUGUAUCUUCACAUUUUGAAUAAACAUAAUGCCAUAAAAAAUGACACUUGAUGACAGGUCAAAGCAUUAGUUGUUUCAUUUUAAGCUGGUAUGUUUUUUCCAGAUAAAAAUGAAAUUAAACUUUUUGUUUUUAAGAAAU